CACUGUACUGGCGGCACUGACUGGCACAACCCCUGGGCACUGACUGGUGGCACUGACUGGCAGCACUGCUGGGCUGCACUGGUGGGUGGCACUGGUGGGCAGCACUGGUGGGUGGGCACAGGUGGGUGGCACUGGUGUGGCACAGGUGGGUGGCACUGGUGGGCACAGGUGGGUGGGCACAGGUGGGUGGCACUGCUAGGCACAUUGUAGGUGGCACUUCUGGGCACAGGUAGGUGGCACUGCAGAGUGGCACAGGUGGGUGCACUGCUGGGCACAGGUGGGGGCACUGCUGGGCACAGGUGGGUGUCACUGCUGGGGCACCGAU